AUGUCCUGCGGACCAUGCCCGACGGCGAGUUUUCAACUCAUCUACACAUCGACCGCCUUCACACAUGGCAAAGCCCAGUCCCGCACUCGCAUUCGCGUCUCCCGCGACGACGCCGGCGACCGCACCGGUUUCCAGGGACAUCGCUAUAAGACCCACGUCGUCGGCUCCAGCAAGUACGAUGACGCCUUCGACGACUACCUGGCUUUUCUCCGUCCCCGCCUGCAGGAAGGCUACCGUGUGCUGAGCGAUCAGGGCAGCUUCUUCUUCCACAUCGACUACCGGGAAGUCCACUACUGCAAGGUGAUGCUGGACGAAAUCUUCGGCCGCGAUUCCUUCAUCAACGAAAUCAUCUGGGCCUACGACUACGGCGCCCGCAGCAAAACUCCCCGGCAGCCGGAAAAGACCGGCUACGCCACGCAAAAACCCCUGGCCGUCAUCCGCCGCAUCGUGCGCGUCCAUUCGAACCCCGGCGACCGCCUGCUGGACUUCUUCGCCGGCAGCGGCACCAUCGGCGAAGCAGCCAGCCUCGAAGACCGCAACUACACCCUCAUCGACAACAACCCGGAGGCAAUUGACGUGAUGCGCCAGCGGUUGGGAGAUAGCAGUACCGAUCUAACCCAAUACGCAAAGUCUAACGGAGAUACACCUUGA